UGACGUCACAAACUAUUUUUCGUAACUGGCAACGCUGACUGGUAGGCAAAACAAACCGGGCGAUCGCGGCCAUUUGCACUGGCGUCUCGUGGUUUAUCGGAUUGUGAGAGCUGUUUUCGAUAGUUUUUUCUCUAGUUUGUGUUUUUGUUCGUGAUGUACGACUCCUCACGAUACAAAGCAAAGCUCUGCCUGGGAGAGAAGGUAUUUCCUGAUCCGUACAAGAUCGAUGAGGCCUACUGGAUCUCGGACAGUUUCGAGAAGCUCCCACUCGUGCUGUUUCCAGAUAUAUUUGCGUAUCUGGUCUCCACUUCUGGCACUUUCACGUCCGACAACUUGAAAGCUUUCAAGUCACUAGAUGCUUGGAAUGUGUUUUUGUCUAGUCAUGUUGGCCCACUCAAGCUCUGCUCAGUGGAUACCAGUGGUGUUUUCGUGAAGGCAGAGGUACAGGCCAGUCAGACGGCUUCAAAGUCGUAUAAUGCAUGGGUGCUCUGCCACCCCAAUGGCAGUGUUAUGUCUGCCCACUGCCAAUGCAUGGCAGGACUUGGAGAAGUGUGCAGCCAUGUGGCAGGUGUGCUCUACAAGAUCCAAGCAGCCGUACUCCACGGACUGACAGAGAAUGCACCAACAAGCAAGGCCUGUCAAUGGAAUCAUCAGACAGCUACGAAGAAGGUGGAGCCCAGCAAGGUCCUUGACAUUGCAGCAGACAUGGGCAUUCCUGCCAAGCGAAGCAGCGUCGAGUUCAUCAUGUCUGAUGCUGCAUUUCAGACAGAGCUGCAGGAUCUGCCUGCUGGGUGUGCGCUGCAAAGCUCUCUGCCAGUCAGUGGUGAUGUUGUGGAUGGCAGGACUGAGCUGCCAUAUCCCAUCUACAAGAUGUUCUCCAUCUUGAAGAAGAUAGCUCCUAGUGAUGCUGAGCCAUCGAGGAAGUACUGUGAGAUGCUGGUUAACAAACUGAAGAAGAUGUACCCGAGUGAUGUGAUAGGGAACGUCGAGCGAGCUACUGUGGAUCAGGGAGGAUCGAAGGAGUGGCUUAACCAGAGGCAUGGAAGGGUGACUGCUUCAGUGUUUGGUGAGGUGGUGAGCCAUGUCGAGGGGGGACGACAGAGUGCAUCAUUGGUGCGUAAGAUCGUGGAGCCAGCGUUCUGUAAGCUUACAGUGCCUGCUGUAGUCUGGGGACAUACACACGAGGCAGAUGCUUGUGUUGCUGUAGAAGGGGUUCUGAGCUCUAUGCAUAGUGAGCUGACAAUUCGUAAGUGUGGGCUGUUCGUCAGCCCUGACCACCCCUACCUGGCUGCCUCCCCAGAUGGUAUCAUUGAGUGUGCAUGCUGUGGGACAUGGGUUCUGGAGGUGAAGUGCCCCUUUAGCCUGAAGGACAAGUCUCCGCAGGAGGCUGGGUUUCUAGAUGAGAAUGGGCACCUCAAAGCAGAGCACCCGUACAUGAUGCAGGUGCAGGGACAGAUGAUGGUCUGUGGGCUAAAGUCAUGUGCAUUUUGUGUGUAUGUGCCGGGGCAGAAGCCCCAUGUUCUGGUGAUAAAGUACAUGGAGAGCAUGGGUGACUACCUGGUGAAGGUUCUUGAAACCUUUUAUGUGAAAGAGAUUGUGCCAGCACUCCUGAAGUGAUGUCAUAGCUAGCGACUGUGCCGGGUGCCCAUUAGUGCACAUGUAGGUUGUUCUGUCACUGACACCAGAUGGUCGUGUUGAUUUUGCUAUGCUGGCUGCAUUGAUCAUCAUUGUCUGGCUGACAAAUAUAUCUUUUGUGCUA